AUGGAUUAUAAUGACAAUGACUAUGAAGGCCACAAUCUUCACUUAGCUGGUGAAGAGAGCUCUAAAACUUCUUCUGUUCUGCAACCGUUUGCUCUACCUAAAUUUGAUUUUGAUGACAGUCUCCAGGGGCAUAUGAGAUUUGAUAGUUUAGUUGAAAACGAAGUUUUUCUUGGUAUUUCAAGUCAGGAAGACAAUCAGUGGAUUGGGGAUUUUUCUAGGGAAGGCAGUGGAAUAGAGUUUAGCUCCAGUGCAACACAAUCUUGUGCUUUGCCAAGGCACAUCAAUGUCUGGUCUGAGGCAACAUCUUCUGAAUCUGUUGAAAUGUUAUUGAAGGCAGUUGGGCAGGAAGAAAUGGUGCGAGGUGAAAGGUUAAUGGAAGAGCCAGAGCCAGGUGACCAGCUUGGUAGCCCAACAAGACAAAUGGAUGAUGUGGGGCAUGAUAACAAAACUGAUGAUGUUAAACGCUUAAAAAAUUCUUCAAUAUCACCUGCUGAAGUUGAGGGGAAUACUUCUAGGUCAUGUGAGAGUGACAAAGUAGAUGUUCAGACUGAGGUUUCUGUACCUGUUGGGGUAACAAAUAUUUCUUCUUAUGGAGUGCCUGGUGAUGGCAAUGAUAGAAUUCGCCCCGCGAACUCUGAAAAUCCGGUAGUUAACUUGAAGAUGGGCAGUGAUAAUCAAGAUGAAACUUUCGAUUUGGUGAAUGAAUCUAUGUCCACUAAUACGCAACAAGAAACUGUCUCUGUUCUUCACAUUGAGAAAGGAAUUGACAAAACUGAUAAUUCAACUCAGAAUGUUGCUACUAGUGGGAAGGAGUCUGAUGACCAGGAUAACAUUACUGAUGUCUGUUUUGUAAGUUCAAAUGAUGUAGCAAAAGUUAUAUCUCUUUCACGUGAGCAACAGGAGAAAGGAUGCAACCAAAAUGAAGGGAAUUUGGGUGCUGGAACUGAUUUAACUGAGUACGAAGCUUCCCACAAGAUCCCUUCACCAAUGGAAUCCUCAAAAGAAGAGCCCUCAGUUCAAAUUUGUGAUGCUAAUAUUGCUGAAGCGUGUGGUGUGGCUAAAAAAAAUGAAUCUAUGCCCACAGAAGACAGGUGCAAUGAGGUUGGAUUUCUUGUUGCAGGUGAUAGUCUACAUCGAACAGUGGUCUUCGCUUCAAGCUCAGAAAUUAAGAAGCAGCGUGAAGGCUAUGGCAUAGUUCAUGAGGAGUCAUCUAUGUCCCUUCAGGGAGAAACUGUUGAGCUGCUAGAAGUGCAAGGCAGCGAUGCUGUCAUGUCUACAGUCUCUGGAGAUACUGAUCCCAAUCACUUUCCUGCUAUCCAACCACCUGAUCACAAUGCGAUUCUUGGUGGUACUAAGGAUACUCAACCUGGAACUGACAGCUCUGCAGAGGCUCCACUUGUUACUUCUGUGGUGAUUGGUAAUCCUUCUGAUAAGAUUGGUGAAAGUAAUCAUAAGGAUGAUCCAGGUCAUCCUGUAGAUCACACCUUUGAGGGUGGUUUUUGUGGAGAAAAAUCAAUCAAUGAUGAUGUGAAUGUUGCUGGAGAUACUGCUGUAUCACAAGAGAAUUUGGACGAUCGGGUGGAUCAUUCUUCCCCUCCUCUGUUAGCUGGGAGCGUGAAGACAGGUGAUGUGGCCUGUGAUGGAAAUGAAAAAGAAGUUUCCAUUUUUUCUGGUGUAGAAGGAACUAAAGCUGAUACAAGUACUGGAUCACAACCCAACACUUCCUCUGGGGCUUGUCCGGCAUUGAACACUGAGGCUGAAGAUGCAAAGUCGACAUCAUUGUUUGCUGAAGGCAAUGAGUUAGUUGACAGCGACAAACAUAAUUCACCUUCAUAUGACACGAUGUUGAGGGAUCAGAGUAAAGAAACUCAAUCUGAAGCUCUUAAACGACCAACUAUUCCUGUUUCAACAGAAUCCCUUUCGUCAAGUGAGCUUAACACUGCUUUGGAAACUGAGAAGGGUGCACUGCCUGAAUCUGAAACAGGAGAAGCACAGAAAAGUGGUCAGUGUCUUCCAUUGGCCCAGCCUUCUGGUGUUCCCAUGCUUGCUGAAGGCCAUAAGGAGUCAAAUGAGCUUACAUCUGUUUUUGAAACUGACAAGGGUACACCAGUUGAUGUUGAAACAAGAGAAAUAAGGAAAAGUGAUCAAUCUCCCGUUUUGGUAGAGCCUUCUAAGACCAUAUCUGAUGAAUACCGAAAGGAGUUACCUGAAAAGAUUGGAAAUGCUUCCAGUGACUUGACAGUGCAAGAUGUUGGUGUUGUUGCUGCACCUACUGAAAUGGCAAUAGGACAAGAAGGAAGAAAUGCUGGAGAAUAUCCUUCAAUAGUGUCAGUUGACGUGGUUGCCGUUACCAGCUGUACUAUGGAAAUGGAUAAGUCCGACCAGGUUGCUCCAUCUGACGUUAUAUGUAAUGAUCUUCCAGAAAGCGUGAUAGACAAUCAGUCAUCUCUUAGGAGAGAUGAUGUUGAAAAUAUUUGCAAAGUUGUAACAAAUGCAGAGAACUCUGUAGUAAAUGUUCCAUCUGAAGAAGAAGGAACCUUUACUUUUGACGUAAGGCCGUUGGGGGAUCAGUCGUCUGGAGGUUCUUGCAAUGGUUCCCAAUCAUUUCCCAAAAUUCAAGCUUGUAAACUGGCUAUGACUGCUGGAGUAUCAACCUCAACAUCUGGUAGCAACCUUCCAGAUCCAAUUGCAGUGAAGGAAGUUUCUCAUGUUAGUUCUUUAACACCUCCAUCUGAACCUCUCAGUGGUCCCUCUGGGCGUAAAACUAGACGUGCUAGUAGUAAACCUCGGAAGGCGAGUGCAAAUAAGGGAAAUCAGGUGAAAGAAACGACUUCGCUGAGGCAGCCUGAGAAGUUGGAGAAGUCAUCCCUUUUUUUGAGUCCAUUAGUUGGUAGUCAACCGGUGUCCUUUGAAAGCGUUGUCAAGCCAAGGGGACCUGUUCCUAUUCCUACAUCCAGCUUGCCUGAUCUUAAUACUUCGGCUGCAUCGUCUGUAUUCUUUCAGCAGCCUUUCACAGAUUUACAGCAAGUGCAACUGCGAGCACAAAUCUUUGUUUAUGGAUCUCUUAUACAAGAAGCUGCACCUGAUGAGGCUUGUAUGGUGUCGGCCUUCGAUGGCGGCAGGAGCGGUUGGGAGCCAUCUUGGCGUGCUUGUGUGGAAAGGGUUCACGGUCUUAAAUCCAAUGUAAAAAAUACUGAAACACCCGUAUCAAUACAAUCAGGUGUAAAAGCUCAAGAUCAAACUAACAGGCAAAGUAUUCUUCAACUUGAAGCUUUUACUCCAAUAUCUGGUCGAGCAAGUAAAAGGCCUAUUCUUUCUCCUGUUGUUAACCAGAUGAUCUCUCUAUCGACGCCCUUGUGGAAUAUAUCUACCCCAUCUGCAGAAGCUUUGGUGCCAGGCAGCACCACUAGAAGUGUUGUUAUUGAUUAUCAGACUGUUGCUCCCUUGAGCCCUUAUCAGUCUCCACCUGUACAGAACUAUGUGUCACAUACUACUCGGUUAUCACCGGCUCCUUUCCCAGUACCCUGGCUUUCCCCUUCUCAAACCACUCCUUAUGAUGUCAGUACUACUUCUCCUGCAUUUCCUGGCAUGACAGAACCUGUAAAGUCAACUCAAAAGAAAGAAUCAAUCCCAGUUGUUGCUGCUUUCUCAAAUAAUGCCUCUGCAAUUCCUACAAGUAAUGUCGUUGUCUCUACUACUCACGGUGAGGAUUCUUUGGUUGACUUGAAAAUGUUGAAUUCAUCAGCUGGACAAGCUGCUGGUACAAAGACAAGAAAGAGGAAAAAGUCUUCAGAUGCUGAGGAUGUUUUACGGAAAUCCAUGACCGGUUCUCGGGUAGACACCGUCUCUGCUCCUUUGGUAGCUAGUCAGAUUGAGGCUCUUAGUCCGUUCCCUUCCACUGCACGAAAUCAGGGAGACCAGAUUCGUACACCUGUUAUCAGUAGUCAUUAUUCUACAUCAGUUGCUGUGGCAACCCCUUCUAACUUUGUGCAAAAAGGCUCUCCCAACCAGUUUUUUCCUGUGGUGGCACCAUCAUUUACUAGUGAUCAAUCCAAGGGAGGUGAUCUGAGUAUAGAUAAGAGGGCACAGAAUAUCGAGGAUUUCAGCAAAGUUGAGGAAGCAAAGUUACAAGCAGAGGAGGCUGCGAACCAAGCUGCUGCUGCAAUUAGCCAAUGUGAAGGCGUAUGGAAGCAGUUGGGCGAGCAAAAACAAGCUGGUUUGACAUCAGAUGCUCAGUGUAAAUUAGCCUCUGCUGCUGUUGCUAUAGCAGCUGCUGCUUCUGUUGCUAAGGCAGCAGCUGCGGCUGCUAAGAUUGCAUCAACUGCUGCAUUUCAAGCAAAACAAAUGGCCGAAGAAGCAGUGAUCAAGUCUGGAUCUCUGAAUUCUACUGAGCAUGAUGCAAAUUUAGUUUCCGAUUCCAUUAAUUUGGUGAAUGCGUCUCCCAAGUCCAUUUUGAGGGUCGGGGAUCGGAAUAAUGAACCCGGCUUAGUGAUAUCUGCUGCAAGAGAAGCUGCUAAGAAAAGGAUCGAGGCUGCUUCUGCUGCCACAAGGUAUGCGGGAAAUCUUGAUGCCAUUGUUAAAGCAUCAGAAUUGGCUGCAGAAGCAGUUUCACACGCUGGGAAGAUUGUCUCCCUGGGUGAACCAUUCUCACUGAGCGAGCUAGCAGAAGCCGGGCCGAAUAGCUAUUGGAAGGUAUCCCAGGAGGGUACUGUACCUGGUUUGAAGUCCAAUGACAAGAAGAAAAAUAAAUCUACCUCUAGCAAUGCUGGAGAGGAGCCUGAAGAUUAUAUAAACCGACAUCAGGAACCUGAUAAGGAUAUGCAUGUUGCGAGUGAUGUUGAGCAACCCAUUCAGGAGUUAUCUGGAAAUGAGGUUGAUGAUCAUGUCUUUGUAGAAGAGAAUAUUAUUGUCUCUGGAAAACAUGGGGAGAACUUUAAACCUCAAAAGGAUAAGAAAGUAUCCAACUCGGCUAAUACUGUUGGUAUUUCUAUCUCCGAUAUUGAAUCAAGAUCAACGACGCAUGCCUUAUCAAGCAUUAAAGAGGGUUGCUGUGUUGAGGUUCUAAAAGAUUGUGGUGAUUCUAAGGCGGCCUGGUUCUCAGCAUGUGUACUUAGUUUGAUGGACAGUGAAGCCCGUGUUUUGUACACCAAACUUAAAUCUGCUGAAGGGUCUGAGCAGCUGCAGGAGUGGGUAUCAAUAGAAGCCAAAGACGGCCAGGCUCCAAAAGUACGCAUACCCCAUGAUAUGACUGCGUUACAGGUUGAUGGAACAAGGAAGAGACGUCGAGCUGCUGCCAAGGAUUACAGUUGGUCUGUUGGAGACAAAGUUGAUGCAUUGAUUGAAAAUUGCUGGCGUGAAGGAGUUAUUGCUGAAAAGAGCACAAAAGAAGCAACUGUGGUGACUGUACAUUUUCCCGAGCAAGGGGAGUCGUCGAGGGUCAAGGUUUGGCAUCUUCGGCCAACAUUAAUAUGGAGUGAUGGCCAGUGGAUCGAAUGGCAAAGACCAGGGCAGGAUCCCGCUUCCCAGAGAGAUUCACCGGCAGAAAAGCGACCAAAGCUGGUAGGCAGCAGUACCGAGGCAAAAGGAAAGACCAAAGUGGCUGAAAGCAUCGGUUUUGCAGAAGUCCAGAGAAACGAAAUACCAAAACUCCCUUUGUCUGCAAAUGAGAAAUUUUUUAGUAUCGGCAGUACUAAAUCAGAGGAAAAUAAGCCCAACAUGGUCAGGACUAAGAGACCUGAUGUAGAAAAGCAACAAGGAUCAAGGGUUGUAUUUGGUGUCCCUAAACCUGGCAAGAAGAGAAAGUUCAUGGAAGUAAGCAAGCACUACACUUCUGAACGGGUCUCCAAAAAUGUGGUGCCUGAUGACUCGGUGAAAUUAUCCCAAUUUUUGGGACCUCUGGGUUCUGGGUCUAGGGGCUACAAGCAUAAUUCGAAGCAUGAUUUUAAGGACAAAAUUGUUGCUGAGUCUAGACUGAGAUCUAUCAGGUCUGGGAGACCGCCAAGUGUCCCUAGUAGAACUUUCGUGCGGAAAGAUGACUCAAACUCUUCACGACCUAAUGCCCGAAAUUCUGGUAGAUCAGAUAAUGGAAAGGAUUCCCUCAGCAGUAAUGAUAAUGAAUCGGUGGAGCAAAACACCGGUGAACUUGGAUCGUCCUCUAAAGAUGGAGGGACCUCUAAAAGCUCUAUGGUGUUUUCUUCUAAAGCUCGUACACAAGAUAAUCGUAAGAAAACAGCAAGAAGGAAUCCUAUAUCUGAGCGGCUCAACCAAAGGAGGCCUGCAGCUGUUAGCGGGAGAUCUGAUAACAACGAAAACGUAAAUUCAAUCCCUGAAGUAUCUGAACCCCGCCGAUCAAAUCGUCGAAUUCAGCCAACUUCAAGGCUACUGGAAGGGCUACAAAGUUCACUGCUAAUCUCAAAAAUCCCUUCGUUUUCUCAUGACAAAAGCCACAAGAGUCAGAACAAAGGCGCAGUCAAGAGGUAA